CCUUGUUAUUUAUUAACAACUGAUUUCGUUAGGCUUGUUUUAGUGUGCAUCCUUUAUAUCCCUCUCUUCUUUCUUCACAAUUGUAAACAACAAUCAACACUAAUUCUCCAUUGAUUUUCCUUGUUAAUUACCUUUCCCAUCUCUCUCAAUAGUCCAAUUUUCAUCUUUCUCUUAUCAUUUUUGCUCUAAGGUGGUGUAUUUUGGUUUGGGUUUAGUUUUGUUUGAUAAAAGAAAUGGAUCUAGUUGAGCUUCGCAAGGUGUUCCAAAUGUUUGAUAAGAAUGGAGAUGGCAAGAUCACAAAGAAAGAGCUUAGCGAUUCACUCGAGGAGUUCAGUAUUUUUCUUUCCGAUAAAGAAAUAAACCAAAUCAUUGAUAACAUUGAUGUGAACGGAGAUGGUUCUGUAGAUAUCGAUGAAUUUGGUGAAUUGUAUCAAAUGAUGGUGAAUGAGAGGAACGAAGAAGAAGAAAUGAUGGAAGCAUUUAAUGUCUUCGAUCAAAACGGAGAUGGAUUCAUCACAUUUGAGGAGUUGAGGUCGGUUCUAUCAUCAUUAGGGUUGAAGCAGGGAAGAACUAUUGAGGAUUGCAAGAAUAUGAUAACAAAAGUAGAUCAAGAUGGAGAUGGUAGGGUUAAUUUCGAGGAGUUCCAGCAGAUGAUGAAAGGUGGUAGCUUUGCUGCCUUAAGUUCAAGUUAAUAGUCAAAAUACAUAUAUAUAUAUAUGUCUGUGUGCAUAUAUGUACGCAUAGAAAAUAUUAAGAGAUGUUGGUUUGACAUUAAUGUAUCUAAUUUCUAAUCAUACAACUAAAUUGUUCAAAAUUACAAAACUAUUUCUAUUUUCCACCUUUUUACUAGCAAAAUCAACCCACAAGAGAAUCAUGAAGCUCCAAUUUCAUCUAACAAGAUGCUUUUUAGUUUGAUUGCACAAUGUCAAAUGUUAAGCAUCUUGACUAAAACAAAAUGAUCCUAAAGAAUUUUGUACAUGAUUAAAAGCUUCCAAGAAACCAAAUAUACAAAUCUAAUCAUAGCAUUAAUUGGUCAAGUUAAAUACCAAGGCUACCUGCGCUACGGUGCGUAAAUCUCUGCCUUUGAGCUUCGAGUUUCCUAACAUUGUCUACUAUAACUUCAAUCUUUGAAGAUAGUUCUUCUGUUUGCUUCUCAACGUUGUUAAUGAACGCAAACAACUUUUCUCGAUAAGCUGAACAUAAUUGCUCUUGA